AUGGCGCCCAGCCGCAGAAAGGGCGUCAGUAAGGCAGCGGCGGCCGCCGCCUGUCGCCAGUGGAAAGUGGGCGAUCUUGUGCUUGCCAAAGUCAAGGGCUUCCCUGCAUGGCCUGCCACGGUAAGUGAGCCUGAGAAGUGGGGUUACUCCACUGAUUGGAAGAAAGUGCUUGUUUACUUCUUUGGAACUCAGCAAAUAGCUUUCUGCAAUCCUUCUGAUGUGGAAGCAUUUACUGAGGAGAAAAAACAGUCUCUUCUCGGAAAACGUCAUGGAAAGGGUGCUGAUUUUGGUCGUGCUGUUCAGGAGAUAAUUGAUUGUUUUGAGAAAUCAAAAAAAGAGUCUCAUCUUGAUAAAACUGGUCUUGUUGGUGAUGUUGCUAAUGCAGAUGUUUCAAAUCCUGUUAACUCAUCUGCCAAGGAUCAGACAGAUGCCCCUGAGUUGACACACAUUUUACCAAUGAAUUCUUCAAAUUCUAUUAUGAACAAACAUGAAAAUGUAGUAUGUGCAGCUGAGGAUGAGUCAGCUGCUGUAUUUAAAGAUGAAUCUGCCAAUAAGGAGGCAAUGUUGGGGGAGCCUACUGAUACGAUUGCUGUGGUAAAAUCUCAUAAGCCAGUUACUUACUCUUCUCGGAAAAGGUCUGUGACUGACUUGUGUUUGCAGGGUUGUGUAACACAGAGACAUACCUCAGCACGAAGGUCUAGAAAUCCAUCACGGGCCCAAAAUUUUGUGUUGCCUUAUAAUGACAGUGCAAAGAGUGCUGGUGACCCAUCAGCUACUGCAGCCCAGAGUGCAUGUACAAGGAGAAGUAAACGUGUUAGGAAAUCACCUGAUCUUUCUGGCUGUGAUGAUCUUGAGUCAUCUGCUUUUGUCUCAAAUGGUAGCUUAGAGGACAACAGUUCUGAAAUUAUAACAACUGAUUCUGAUACUUUUAGCUUGAAUGAGGGUAGUACAAUAGAUUCAAAUUUUAAAUUUGAACUCUCUGAAUGCCCAGAAGUUGAGUUGAGCAAAGGGCUUGAUCUCAAAAUAAAACCUGUAGUCAAUAAGAAAAAAAGAAAACCCAAUAGGAAGAGGGCAGCUAAUGAUGCUUCUAAGCCAACCAGUAGGACAGAGGAGGCUGGUGUGCAGAAUGCCAGUCAAAGUUCACAGAAUGUUUGUGGAAAUUCAAAAGAAAGAUGCUUUGAGCAAGAUGGGGAUGAACACUUGCCCCUUGUGAAACGAGCAAGAGUCAGGAUGGGUAAAUCAUCUGUGGAGGCAGAACUUCAUAGCACUCUCCAAUCUCAAGAAAAAAACUGUAAGGAAGAUACUAACUCAGGACAGCAGAUUAUCACAUCCUCAAAUUGUGAGAAUAGCCCUGCUGAUGGAGACUCAUCUAUAUUGAAUGGAGCUUUGGAUAAUGUUUCUCCAAAAUUUUCUGUUCCAUGUUCCAAUACUCAGAUUUGUAAUACUAAGAAAGAUCAAACUUUCAGCUCUGUGGAUGGUGAAGCUGCUUUACCCCCAUCUAAACGCCUCCAUCGUGCUUUAGAAGCCAUGUCAGCUAAUGCUGCUGAAGAAGAUCAAGCUCAUAUGGAAGCUUCAUCAUCCACCCUAAUGACAGCAAGUGGUAUGUGCUGUGUAUCUGUUGUGAAUAGAUAUCCGAGUAUUGCCAUUAAUAAUCAAGAAUGUAAUGAUUUUGGGCUGCAAAAGUUGGAUACUUUUAACAAUGAUUCUUCUCAUAUCAAUGAUUCAAUCAGUUCAAAUCCAAUGAAUUUUAUGGAGAAUAAAUCACCUAUUCAAGUGGGUAGGCAAGAACAUGAAACUGGCAACGAUGUUCUCCUGGGUGCUACAGCUCAAGUUGUUGAAGAGUUUAGUGGUCAUAUGGUUUGUCAGUCAGAUAAAGCUGAUUUAAAAACUCAGUCAAAUGGACAAAAUUCUCCUAAUGCUGAUUCCAAAUGUUGUGAUGUUGGAAAAGAUUCACCAGAUCCAUCAUUACCACCAAGUAAUGAAGACAAUGUUAGAACUGUGAGUCAGUCAAAUUCAGAAUCUGAUGCAUCAGAGCACAAUGGAAUGAGCAUUGUCCCUGUAAUGGGUGUGAAUGAAAAUGAUGCUUUUUUACCUCACAAUGUUGAUGUUCUUCGGAAUGAGGUUACUGUAUGUGAGGAUACAGAGUGCUUGAAGCCAGCAGUUGAUGAUAUUGGCACAGCAAAUGAUAUGCAUGAGGUUGUGAAAGAGGUACGGUGUAAAGGUCCAGAGGUGGAUAUGAAUUCUGUCUCAACAUCUGAUGACUGUUUGGGUGAAAAGGGUAUUUCAGACAUUCGGUCCAGUCCAUCCUUGACAGAUGGGGGAGAUUGCAUUCCUCAAGGAUCUCCUCCAGCUACUUCUGUUUGCAAUGUUUCAACGUCGGACAGUAGUAAUAUUCUUCACAAUGGAAGUUGUAGCCCUGAUGUACAUUUACACCAUAAGCAAACUUUAUCUGGUCCUCUUGAUGGAAGGAAAGAUGGGUAUGUGGCAACACAACAAUCAAGAUGUAUGGGGAAGUCAACUGAAGCAGGACGUGCUGCUUUAUUGUACUUUGAAGCAAUGCUUGGGACAUUGACAAGGACAAAGGAAAGUAUUGGUCGAGCAACACGCAUAGCUAUUGACUGUGCAAAGUUUGGUAUUGCAGACAAGGUCAUGGAAAUUCUUGCUCAUUGUCUGGAAAUGGAGUCUAGCAUGCAUCGGAGGGUGGAUUUGUUUUUUCUUGUUGACUCUAUUGCACAGUCUUCUCGUAGUUUAAAAGGUGAUCUUUGUGGAGUAUAUUCAUCUGCCAUUCAUGCAGUCCUUCCACGACUAUUAUCAGCUGCUGCUCCUCCUGGAAAUACUGCACAAGAAAACCGUAGGCAGUGUCUCAAGGCAAGUAAAUUAAGUUUUGUUUUAAGGCUGUGGCUGGAGAGAAAAAUCUUACCAGAGCACAUAAUUCGACGUUAUAUUCGGGAACUGGAUUUAUAUAGCAGUUCUGCUACAGCGGGCGUCUUUUUGCGUCGAUCAAUGAGAACAGAGAGGGCUUUGGAUGACCCUGUUAGAGAAAUGGAAGGCAUGCUUGUUGAUGAAUAUGGAAGGUUUGCAUUC